AUGGACCUGGUCAAGUACAUCUACCACGAGAAGCAGGAGCCGGGGUCGCAGCUGUGCGCCCAACACUGCUUGAACAACCUCCUCCAGCAACCGGUGUACACCGAGAUCGACCUUGCGGAGCUGGCGUCCAAGCUGGACCAGGCGGAACACGCGGCCCGACACAGACAGCCAGACGCCAAGUCGUACAACUUUGAUGACACUGGUUUUUUCUCCAUUUCCGUGCUUGAGAAAGCGCUCCAGGUCUGGGAUCUGACCCUCGUGCGCUGGCGCGGGGAGGCCAUGCGCCAGUACCAGGACCAUCCUGAGGACCAAGCUGGCUUCAUUCUCAACCUGCAGAACCACUGGUUCACACUGCGCCGCUUCAAGUUCAACUCGCGCUGGUACAACCUGAACUCGUUCCUUCCGCAGCCCGAGUGGAUCUCGCCAACGUACCUUCAGCUCGUGCUUGCGCAGGCCGAGGCGGAGGGAUACUCCGUCUUCGUUAUCCGCAAGGCUGGCGCGGGGGCUGGCGACAAUGCGGAGAUCGACCCCGGAGAAGCGGCCGGAUGGGGCGACGGUGGCGUUGCUGACUUCCCCUCGUCCGGCGCCGACCUCAUGGUCGAGGAGAUGGGACAUGCCAGGGGCCGCAUGUCGGGAAGCCUUGAGAAGCCCGUCGUCGACGAUGCUGCUUCUCGCCACGCUGGUGCCAUGGAGGACGAGCCUGCGCCGAGCUACUCAACCGGUUCCGGUCGUCGGCAGCGCAGGCAGCAGGAUCCGACCUCUGAGUUCGUCGAGGAGCAGGACCUGCUGCCUGGAAGCGGGUCUCAGACUCCGGGUUCCGCGUCGCGCUCGAGGCGCAGGGAUAAGGGAAAGAAACUCGACUGGAAACAGGAGCAGGAACAGCACCAGGACGAGUUCGAGCAGCAGGCACACGACGUCGAGGACGAGGAGCUCGACGAUGACGACGACCUGUACCAUGACGCCACCGCGUUCGAUUACCCGGCAGAGGCGCCGACUGACAUCAAGUACCACAACCGCUCCUAUGAUGACGAGGACGAGGCGCUGCAGGCGGCUCUCAAGGCCAGCAUGGCGGACCUUCCUCCGGGUUUCGAGAUGCCCGAGCUCAAGCCGCUGAAGCCAGCCCCGGUCAAGAAGCAGUCCCAGCCCGCUCCGGAGAAGAAGUCGGCUUCCGCCACGCGCGCUCCCGAGCCUAGGGCGGAGUCAUCACGCACCACGACCGAGCGCUGGCGCCCCGCGGAGCCGUCUGAGGAUGCGCUGCAGGAUGCGCCGCCUGACACGGUCACUGAGGAAGACGAUGAAGAGCCUAUCCAGGAGCUCACACCUGGCUUCGCGAGCGCGAUCAACUCGAUCCCACCUGGCACCUGGAAGGCGCUGAUUACGGACGAGCACUCGCAAGCUCUCCUCGACACGGCCUUCACCAACUAUGAGAUUCUCCAGAUGAACGUGACGGGCGUCGAGCCGCUCAUGUCGCCGCGCGAGAAGAUGAGCGUCGACGCCAUCUAUCUCCUGACGCCUACGGCGCAGAACGUCGAGCGCAUCAUUGCCGACUUUGCCAGUGGACGCGACACGUACAAGUCGGCGCACCUGUACUUUGUCGACGCGACGGAGGACCGAGUGUUCUCGAUGCAGUGGCCGCAGGCGUUCUUCAGCAUGUUUGGUGCGCUCGGAGGACAGGUGACGGCGGACUUUGCGAUGGAAGCGUUCCACGACGACAUGACGGUCGCCAGCCGAACGAUGCUCAACGUUCUCACGACGCUGAACGAGAACCCCUACAUUCGCUACUACCAGCCGACGCACCACCCACCGUUGGGCCCGCUCGCGCAGGGCGGUUCGACGGGGCUGCACCAGCAACAGAAGCAGGCGGAGCAGCAGCAGCAGGGCUCGUCGUUGCGAUGGCGCGCCGCGAUGGGAUCGUCUCGUGCUCAGGAGGCGCAGGGUGACUCGCUCAGCAAGGUGCUCGCGCAGCGGAUUCAGCACGACCUCGACCACUACAUUGAGCAGAACCCCGACUUCCCUGCGCACAGCGAUCGCGGACGGGGUACACUGUUCGUCGUUGACCGGUCGGUCGACCCGUGCGCGCCCUUCCUCCACGAGUUUUGGUACCAGGCGAUGGUCAACGAUCUGCUGCCGAUCAAGGAUGGCAAGGAAGGCCGGACGUACAAGUACACAUUCACGAAUACGGUCGGUGGCAAGGAGGUGCGCGAGGCGGUGCUGAACGAGGACGACGAGGUGUGGUGUUCGGUCCGGCACUUGCACAUGAAAGACGCAAUCGACAAGCUCAUGACCGACUUUGGCAAGUUUGUGUCGGAGCACACGGCGUUCUCGGGCAACGCGCACAAUGUGCAGAUCAACGACCUGAAGGACAUGUUGGCGGACCUGCCGCAGUUCCAGACGCAGCGCGACCAGUUCUCGCUCCACCUUGACAUGGCGCAGGAGUGCAUGGGCAUCUUUGAGCAGCACAAGCUCAACCUCGCCGCGAAUGUGGAGCAGUGCUGCGCGACCGGCUUCACGCCACAGGGCAAGGCACCCAAGACGAUCGUGGAGGAGAUGGUGCCGCUGUUGGACGAGCCAAAGAUGUCGAGCUUGGACAAGGUGCGCAUCAUCGCGCUCUACAUUCUGUUCCGUGACGGAGUCGCGGACGAAGAUCGAAGGAGACUGUAUCAGCAUGCCCGGCUCAACAUCAACGAGCAGGACAUGAUCAACAACCUCGUCCACCUUGGUGUUAGAGUCAUCAAGGGAGCGAAUGCGUACCGCGGACAGCGGAUAAAGAACAAGUACAGCAACAAGGACGAAGAGUACGACCUGUCGCGGUACAAGCCUGCCAUCGGCAUCAUGUUGGAGGAGGCGAACUCGAACCGACUCGACCAGCACCUGUUCCCGUUCGUGCGCGAGACGCCGCCGGAGCUGUCUCAGUCGCUCCGCGCCUCGCACGACCGCCCGCCCGCGCCGAGUCCCAGCACGUCGCUCCGCUCAGCCCGACCGACGUGGCACAAGGCGGCCUCUGCGCGCAACGCAGCCAACGAGCACCGCCAACGAUACAUCAUCUUCGUUGCCGGUGGAGUGACGUACAGUGAGAUCAGGCAGGCGUACAUCCUCGGCGAGGCGUUGGGCAAGGACAUCUACAUCGGGUCCACGCACAUCAUCACGCCGGAGAGCUUCCUGAAGGACCUGCGCUCGCUCGGCCGUUCCGGUGUCGGCGGCAACCCUCCCAAUGCGGCCAAGAUGUACCCCGGCGCGCCCGGGCGAUCCGACCGUCGACAGCCUGGAGAGCCGCAAGCGUACCAGGCCAUCUUGGACGAGCGGCACUGGGUUCCCUUCGUCGGCCCGCCCGCGCUGCCCCCGCCCGUGCCCCAGCAGCAGCACGGAGGUCACCUGCAGCAGCCCCGCCUCCCGCACUCGGCUAGCAGCCACACCAACCUGUCCGUCUCGAGCAAGGACUCGAAGGACGGCAAGGUCAAGGAGAAGAAGAAGGGCUUCUUCAAGAAGCGCUUCGGAUAG